AGAGUUGCCUAAUCAAAUAUUGGAAUCAGUUUUAGAGAGACUAGAUUUGCUAGCAGAUUAUGUGAGAUUCAGUGUUGUUUGUAGAUCAUGGAAUUUCAUAGCUAAGGAUAAUCGAAAGAAACGAGUUAAAAUGCCAUGUUGUCAUCCCCCUCCAAUGCUCUUGAUUAACACCGACAUUGGAGAUAUAUGGAAGGUCUACAACGUCACGGAUGACAAGCUUCUUGAUUUGCAAGGUUAGAGGGAGGGUAGAAAAAGAAAAUUCUAUCAUUCAUCUUCCUCCGUUGCGACUCAUCAAAGAGAUAGAUAUGUCUAGAGUGAGACAUGAGCGUUAUGUUUACAAGGCUACGAUUUCAGCAGACCCAGUAUUAAAUGCAAAUGAGUGCAUUGUUGUUGUCAUCACUCAACCGGGCUAUCAGUUGGCUUUUAUUAGACUUGGUAAAGAUAGAGCUUGGAGUUAUAUUGAUGGACGCGCACGUGGUCGUGGAUUUGAUGAAGUCAUUUUUCUGGGAGGUAAGUUUUAUGGUGUUCGAAAUAAUAGCAGACUUUUAUCUCUCGAAAUUACUAGGUUCAGUUUCAAUCGAAAAUUAGCUGCACGCAGCCUUCGACGAGAUCACACCAUAAAGAGUUAUCUUGUGUAUUCAAAUAAGAAAGAAUUGUUGAUGGUUGAAAGACACAUUAGCUUUGAUCGGAAGAAUGACAUGCGUACAACAUCAAAAUUCAUAAUUUACAAAUUGAAUUUUGAUGAGUGUAAGUGGACCAAGAAAAACAGUUUAGGUGGUGAAACACUCUUCCUAGGUGAUAACUCUUCGUUUUCGGUAAUCUCUUCAAGUUUUCCAGGAUGUCUACGGAAUUGCAUAUACUUUACUCAUGAUUAUGAUUGUUUUAGAAGUAAAUUUGGGCCUCGUGGUCCUAAUGAUUUUGGUGUGUAUGUUGUAGAAGAUGAAAGCUUUCUAUCUAUUGACAGCACAAAGGCUUCAAUGCUAGUGAAGAUGAGUCUUCAACCAUCAAUCUGGAUUUUGCCAACGUUUCAGCUGUGAACUAUAAAAUUUCUUUGUUUAAUCCUAUGUCCUUACUACUUUCGUUAUCAACAAUUGUAAACUUUUUCUUUCAACAUUGUUUAUAACAGACCUUUCAUUCGUUUUGUUCUUACUUAUUUAGUGUUUACUAUAAAAAUUCAGUUCUUUUG